AUGAUUACAUUACAUUUUUUCAUCAUUUAUUACUUUAUUAUCAUUCUUACUAAAGGAAAAAUAUUAAUUAAUGAAAAAGUUAUAAACAAAAGAGCUAUUUCAAAUGUUAUGAAAUAUAAAUGGACAAUGCCUAUUGAAUAUUAUGUUGAUAAUUCAUUAAAUUCAACUUUAGUUAAUAUAGCACUUAAUGAUAUUUCUAAAAAUACAUGUAUCAGGUUUAAACAGCUUUCUUAUCCACCUACUGGAACAGGAUUAGUAUAUUAUCGGGGAACUGGUUGUACAUCAUUUGUUGGAAGAGUAUAUCAAAAUAAUAGUCAAAAUGUUAGUCUUGGUUUUGGUUGUUCCUGGAAUGGAGUUAUUCAACAUGAAACAGGACAUGCUUUAGGAUUAUUUCAUGAACAAUCAAGACCUGAUAGAGAUUCAUUUGUAAGUAUUAAUAUUUCCAAUGCUAUUCCAGGAACAGAAGAUAAUUUUCUUCAAAAUCCAUUAAAUUCAUCUAUUACAUUUAAUAUUUCUUAUGACUAUGGAUCAACAAUGCAUUAUGGAAAAGAUGCAUUUAGUAGAAAUUCAUUAGAUACAAUUAUUCCUAAAAAUCCAUUAUUUAAGAGUGUUCUUGGACAGUAUGGUGAAAUGAGUUUUAAUGAUUUUAAAAUUAUAAAUUAUUAUUACUGUAAUAAUACUUGUAAUGGGACAUCAAUAACAUGUCUUUAUGGUGGUUAUCAAGAUCCAAAUAAUUGUUCUAUUUGUAAAUGUCCUCAUGGUUAUGGAGGAAUUAAUUGUUCUAAUGUUGCAAUAUCUGAUACUAAUUGUUCACCUUCUACAUUAAUUGCUACAAAUCAACCAAAAAUAUUAACUGAUUUUGGUAUAAAAAAUUGUUUUUAUAGAAUUAAAACAGAUUCAAAUAAUAAAAUAUCAAUAAUUGUCAACUCAACAAAUGUUUAUUAUUAUAAUCCAUGUUGGAUAGGAAUAGGAUUAGAAGUAAAAUUUCUUAAAGAUAAAACAGUUACAGGGGCAAUGUUUUGUGGACAGGUAAAUGUUACAAAUAUAAUAACAGAAGAUUCAGAAGCAAUGAUUAACUAUAUAGGUUGGUAUGAUGUACAUAAUUUUACAAUAAUUUAUCAAAAAUUAUGA